AUGGGAACCAAGGUUCAGAAUCUGUCGGGAUAUUACUCGAUGAUGAGAGAUCUUAAUGAGGAAUCCAGUAGCUGUGGUUGGCCGUUAUUUUACAGAGAUAAAACACCGAUAAACGGGAAGUGUUAUGAAAAUUAUCUUCCAAGUGUCGCCUCCGAUGCAUGUUCUGUGGAUGAUAAGGAUGUUGUGAAGCGGAUGAUGCUUGAACACGAGGCGGUAUUUAAGAAUCAGGUUUAUGAACUCCAUCGCUUAUACAGAAUACAAAGAGAUUUGAUGAAUGAUUUCGAUAGGAGAGAGUUACACAGAAAUCAGAUACCUGCCGAGGCUUCGUUUUCUCAAGUAACAACUGAGGAUGGAAGAAAAUGGCAUGUUUCUGGCAUUCCUGCGGGAAAUUCGGCUUAUGCUAAACCAUCUGUUUCAGGUGCUGCAGGUGUUCAUUCUCCUUUAGGUUUUAUUCAAGGAACAAGCAACCAAGCUUGUCCGUUUCGAUCCCCAGAUGUUGGUGUGAUCGAGUCCACCAGACCGUCAAAGGUGAGAAGAAAAACGUUUGACCUUUCGCUCCCUGCUGAUGAAAACGUUGAUUCUGACGAAAGCAAUGAGAAGCUCAGCGACGAGAAGACAAGUGGUUCAACGUUUUUUCUUGCUGAUAAAAGUUGUAAAGUUGGAAAGGAGGAUGAUGGUGGGAAGGCUUGUUGCCGGGACACUUCAAGAAAUCGUUUGGCUGACUUAAAUGAACCAGCUCAGGUGGAUGAAACAUAUGAUUCUUCUUAUAUUCGUGUUCCAAGUAAUUCAGUUGCCGCAACUGAAUGUUUGGAUCUCACUGCCAGUGCCAAACAGAAGACCCGGUUUUUUGGUUUGUCUAGGGAACACUUACUGGACUCGAGCCGUGGAACUCACAGUUGGGCUCGAAAUGAUGGAUAUUUGGAGAAUAAUGGGAAUGAAGAAAGGGGAAUUUCAUCAGGAGCUGAAGCAGCGCAUGCGAAAAGUAACCUACAGCCUAUGUUGAAUGUCUUCAAACCGGAGAAAUCACUUUUAUCUUCCCAAACAAUGCAGCAUACAUACAGCAAAGCUCAUGAGCCUGCAUCCAAUUAUCUUGAUGGUCGAAGCAAGGCUGAUACGUGGAGUGAAAAGACUGUCAGUGAAAUAAAUCACGAAUACUUCGUUAAUAAACAUCCCGAGUCUGAUUUACCUUUAUAUAGACCCGGUCAUAUUCCAUUUGCUCCAUCCUAUGAUUUAUCGAAGUCUUGGUCUCAUUCUGCUGCUUCUUGGGGAAAGGCGAGUUGCAGCCUAAACCAGAAGUUGAUGUCGGUUAAGACGCCUCCAUAUCCAAAUGCACCCGGCUCCAUCAAUAGGAAUUUGGAAGAGUUUUGGCAUCUAAAUACAAAUUCCAAGCCUAAUCCAAGUAUUCCAUGUCAUGCACCGUUACGGAACGGAUCCGUAUCCAAGGAACCAUCAAUGAACGUGUCUUCCAUUAGUUAUGACUACCCGAAUCAUAACAAUGACAAGAAUUCUGGAAAAGGCAUUGACUUGAAUGCGAUUCUUUCUAAUGGUUCUUACAAUAAUAACUUAGUUCCUCAGUCGAGUGUUGGAAUAAUGGAGGGAGAUGCGAUGUCAUGGCUUAGAGCGAAGAAUGCUCGUAAGAAUGAAGCACGGAACACUGAUAGAAGCUCCAUUACUGCAGGAGAGACAAGUUUUCUUCAGACUGCUUCGUUGUUGUCCGUGAAAGGUGAAACUGGAAAGGUUACACACGGUGUAACUUCGGUUUCAUGCUCUAAUACUCUUGAUCAAAGGAGGAUUGAAUUAAGUGAAAGCUCUAGUAAUAAGAAAAUUCUCGGUGUUCCAAUAUUUGAUAUGCCUCGUAGUUCUCUGAAGAAGGAGUUGUCGUCAAUCACUUCUCCCUCGGUGUCGAUUCCUACAAUGUCCGAUCCAAAAGCAAUGGAAAAUAAGCACAAAAUCUGGAUGCUUGAUAUCAACCUGCCUUGUGAUGCUAAUGAUCUCGAAUUUGAGAAAGAAGUAUUCACCGAAACUGUCAUUAGUAAGACAAGAUCUACGGCGGAAGCAGAUUCUAGAAAUCAAAUUGAUCUGAACUUCAGUAUGACUGAGGAUGAAGAAUCAUACAUAACUCUUCCAAGUGGCAAUACAAAUAUGAAGGCAACAAUAGAUUUGGAAGCCGUUGCUGUUCCCGAGUCAGAGGAGGAUCUCGUUCUGGAAGAAAACAAACUCGAAACUUCUCUGGCAUCCCCGCAAGUUCCACAAGACGCUGUUGAACAGCCAUCGGAAGAACUUAUGAGAAAUGCGGCAGAAGCAAUUGUUGUCCUUUCAUCACUUUCCCGCGACCAAGUGGAUCCUGUGAUCAACAAUCCAUCGGAAAAUGAAUCGGUGGAUCCAUUGAGUUGGUUUGCGGAUGUAGUUUCCUUGUGUGAAGCUAACCCCGAGAGCAAGUGCGAUAAUUCGAGAGGAAAGGACAAAGAGGAUGAUGAAGAAUUGGAUUAUUUCGAAUACAUGACAUUAAAACUUGAGGAGACCAAAGAAGAAGACUACAUGCCGAAGCCUCUCGUUCCAGAAAACUUCAAAGUGGAAGAAACAACAAGUACUCUACCUACUCGGACGCGAAGAGGGCCUGCAAGGAGAGGGAGGCAGAAGCGAGACUUCCAAAGGGACAUCCUUCCGGGCCUCGUAUCUCUAUCAAGGAAUGAAGUAACAGAAGAUAUUCAAACCUUUGGAGGGAUUAUGAAAGCAACCGGUCAUUCAUGGCAAUCAGGACUAACUAGGAGAGCCUCCUCAAGGAAGAGGGGGAGGCCAAGGCGGCAAGUGCAGGUCACCCCUUCUCCCUCUCCGUCUCCGCCGCCUGUGACCACCAACGAAACCAGCACCCCACUGAUGCAGGAGCUCAAUAACAUUGAAGUGGCGUUGGAAGAAAGAAGCCUAACAGGUUGGGGAAAAACAACUCGAAGGCCUCGCAGACAAAGGUGUCCGCCGACUGGUAACCAUCCGUUGAUUCCAAUAACAUAG